GCAGCGCGACCGGAGAGCCUCUGCGGGAGGAGAUGUACCGCGGUCGGCCUCCGCCGAGAGGAGGCUACCCGCCGCCGAUCGAAGGCCGGGGCCCGCCGCCGAGGCCUUACCCGGCACCGGGAUACCGGGACGACCGGAGCCGGCCUCGGCCCCCCUACCAUCCCGGCUACAACGACCACGGACCCGCGGACUCCUACCGCCGCUCCCCGCCGCGGAGGAGGUACCCUUCCCCCGGCCACGGCGGAGAGUACCGGGCAGCAGGACCGCCCAGAGAGAGGUCUCCGUCUCCGCGGGCUCCGAUCCUCGACCACAACCUGGUCAUCACGGUGGGCAACGAGCUGACCGGGCCUCCAGGCCCCGCCCCCCCACGCCACCAUGACAGGGAUUAUCCUCCUCGACCCGACUACGAGCGGAGCCGGAGCAGGGGGCGGAGCCGACCUCGCAGCCGCAGUCGAGACCGGAGUUUGGGUCGCAGCCGGGCCAAGAGUCGGGGGCGGAGCAAAAGUCGGGGGCGGAGCAAGAGUCGGGGGCGGAGCAAGAGUCGGGGGCGGAGCAAGAGUCGGCCCCGCAGCCAGAGCCGCAGUCCAGACCGGAAUCGCGCCAAGAGCCGGGGGCGGAGCAAAAGUCGGCCCCGCAGCCGGUCAGGGUCCAGAGGGAGGAGCCGGGGAAGGAGUCGGGGGCGGAGCUACAGCAAGGCGGCGAGCCACGGCCGCAGUAAGAGCCGGCAGAGGAGUCGCAGCCGCAGUCGGAGCAGCAGCGCGAGCAGCAGCAGCAGCUCGAGUUCAAGCAGCAACUAUGACAAGAAACGCAGCAAAGACUUCAAGGAGCUGCAGAUGGCUCGGCGCCGGAAAGAGCUGGAGGAGAUGCUGAGUCAGCCAACCAAGUCCAUCCUGAAGAAACGCAGCGAGGACUCGCCGUCCGUCAGGAGCUGCGAUUCCAACAUGUCGCACGUUGCCGAGCAGCUGCUGCAGGCCGUUAAAACCACGGAUCCUCGCGUCAUGGCCUCCAUGCUGUCGGAGCUGCGGUCCGACCCGGAGAUGUCUCGGCGUGCCGGCCUCGACGCAGAGAUCAAAGAGAUCCUCAGCCUUCUUGGUGUGACGGCACCAGGUGCCAAGACUCCGGAGAAGGUCGUGGACGACAUUGAUGACGAGGAGAAAUUUCUGUACGGCGACUCAGAGGAGCCCAAACCUGUGCCGGCGCCGGAGCCGGUCCGACACCACAGCCUGGACCUGUACGGAGAGGUGACGGAGGAGACGCUGUAUGGAGACUACCCACAGCAGAAAGCUGCUGGUGCUCAGACAUACGGUCGCUCUCCUGGGGCCUCCACGCACCUUCAGGCCCCGCCCACGGCGGGAGAGGUGGACAUGAGGUACACGAGCCGACCUGCCAUCAGCCCGGACCCGAACAUCACGGUGCAGGUGUCGAAACCCGCCUUCCCGCCGGGGACGGAGCCGCUGGAGGAGAACGAGCGGCAGGCGCUGGAGGAAUACGAGAAGAUCCAGGACCUGUUGAAGACCAUCGGCCUGGACCUGGGCGUGGCCGAGAUCAGCAAGAUGGCGGCCAGGACCAAAGAGCGUCUCCAUGGAAACAAACCACCACCGAAGACGCCUACGCGCCGCCGGAGAUACUCAUCUGGCAGCUCAUCCGGCAGCCGCGGCGGCCGCAGGAGGCGGAGCCACAGCGGCAGCUCCAGCAGCAGCAGCAGGAGUCGCAGUGGCGGCUGGAGCAGCGACGAACGCAGGAAGGACUCGGUUCCGCCUAAAACAUACAAAGACGGCGGCGACAGAAAGGUCGACGCGCCUCCGCCUUCAGUCGCCGACCCCAUCCCCCCCCACCAGGGCCUUUAUGUUUUUGCAGGUUUGGGGAAGAGUUCGGCUCAGGACGGAGAGAAGGGAAGCUGUAAAUCCAGCAGAGUUUCUGAGGAGCAGAACAACGAGAGCCAGAAACAAAAGGUUCUGGAGGAGAGGGAGAAGCUGAGGCAGGAGAGAGAGAUCCGGAUGAAGAAGAAGGAGUAUCUGAUGAAGGAGCUGGAGAGACUCCGGAAGCAGCAGGGUGAGCUGCUGAGGAAGAAGCGCCGGGAGAAGGACGGCCACAAAGACCCUCUGUUGCAGGAGAUCAGUCACCUGCAGGAGGAGGUCAUGGCUCAGAUCUCCAACCUGCGCAAGGAGCACGAGGCUGCCGAGAAGAAACGCAAUGAGAUCGACAAGGUGGCGCUCAUCCUCGGUGUGAGCCCGUCGGACCGGCCCCGCAGGACCAGCAAACCGCCCGAGGUCCAGGAGGACCAGCCAAAGGUUAAACGAGAGGCAGAGAGAAGCCCUGAGUGCCGACAGGCCAGCAGCUCCACGAUGAAGCAGACCUCGGUGGCUCCGUUGCCAUCAGGAACGACUCUGGACAAGCCGUCGGUCGCCGCCUUGGCUCCGCCUCCCGAGCCAUUUGAAUACUAUGACGCUGGAAACCACUGGUGCAAAAACUGUAACGUCACCUCUGGUUCCAUGUUUGAUUUUUUCACGCACUUGCACAGCAAAACACAUCGAAAGACCCUGGACCCCUACGAGCGACCCUGGGCUUCUACUCCAAACAAAAUAUCCAAGAGCGUGCCGUCAGAAGAGAAGCAGACCAAACCAGCCAAAGGUUCGGAGUUCCUGCUGCCAGUCAGAGGAUUCUUCUGCCUGCUGUGUAGGGAGUUUUAUGGAGACGCCAUCUGUGCAGAAGAGCACGUCACAACACAUGCUCACAACGAGAAGUACAAGAAACAAAUGUACGAGAACCCACUGUACGAGCAGAGGAGGAACCUGGACCGCCAGGCCGGGCUGGCUUUAGAGGCGAGCGGAAAGAAGCGCAAGCAUGACGACGAGGAAAAAGGCGGCAAAGAGGAAAAGUCCAAAUACAAAAAGGAAAAAAAGGACAAGGAGAAAAAGAAGGAGGAAGAGGACGGUGCUCAGACGGAGAAAUCCAAAGCCAAAAAGGAAGAAGUGGAGGAUAGACCGACGAAAGAGGACAAGAGCCUGGAAGAGGACAAGCCUUCUUACAGCAAGAAAGAGGAGGAAGAAAAGCAUAGAUACAGCAAGAAAGAUGACAGAUACCGCAACAGCAGAGAGGAGGAUGAGAGGGCAAAAUAUAGCAGGAGGGACGAGGAUGACGACUACAGGGGUUGCAAAGAAGAAGAAUAUCGGUACCGGUACCGCAGGUAUAACGAUGACCGUUAUGACGACCGACCCAAAUAUGGACCAAGAGACGGUGAGGACAAAAGUAAAUAUGGUAAACAUGUUGAUGCCAGAUAUAAAUAUGACAGGGAGCAAGACGAAGGAAAGCCCAAGCCUGAGAGGGAGGGUUUUAGAAAGCCAGAGCUGGAUAAACCAGCAGGGAAGCUGGAGGUCAGUAAGCCUGAACCCCCACCUAAACACUAUGACCCCCCCAAAAUCUUCUGUGGACCCAGUCCAGCCAUGAGAGCAAAGCUCCGCAAGCAGAGUCUGGAAGCUGGAAAGCCAGCACCGGCGACUCCAACCACUUCAUUUGCCAAGUUCACCUGGAAGAAGAAGGAGAACCUGCUGGCAAAGGAGGCGGCUAAAGUGGCUGCUGAGUUCAUAAAGGAAGACGAAGCAGCUGCAAAAGAGCAGCCAGCAUCAGUGGAAGAUUCUUUUGCAAAGUCGAUGGCUGUCGCUAAGGAGAUCGCUCUGAAGAUCGGAAGCCAGCAAAGCGUGCCUCCUUCUUGGGCAUCUAACGGAGCAAACCGGGGACGGAUCCGGCCAAAUCUCCCCGCACCUGCUGCAGUUCUAAGGAAAACAAUCAUGACUGGUAAACCUGCACCUCUGAAUACUUUUCUCUCCAUUAGACCUCAGAACACGAGCUUCCCAGGCCCUCCUCCAAAAGAAUGUCCCAUCCCCCCUGACCCUCUGACCAAGGCCCUGAAUGCUCAGAAUGCUCUCUUAGAAAGUAAUCCAGUAUCACCAGUUGCUAAACCAGAGCCAUUUGGUGUUGGACCUGCUACACCAGUUUCUAAACUAGCCAUGCUUGAGUCAAAGCUUGCGCCUUCUGAGGCUAAACCUUCACCCCCGGUGUCCAUGUCUGCACCAUGUGGAGUUCAACCUGCUCCACCUGUUUUCAAACCUGCCGCACUCGAGUUCAACCCUGUGCAAUCUGAGUCUAAAUUUAAGCAGCCGGUGCCGAGUCUGGCACCAAUUAAAGUCCACCCCGCUCCACCUGUUUUUAAACCUGCCACGGUUGAGUCGAAACCUGCACCAUCUGAGGUUAAACCUGUGCCAGCCCAGACUACCAUCCCACAACCUGCACUAUCCAAGGAUACGCCUGCACAACCGACCAUGAUAAAGAUAGUGUCUGACGUUGCAGCUCCCGGCGUCCCAGAGAGCGAGCAGACCCGUACAGUUUUCGUCAAGCCUCCACCCUUCAUGACCAUGGGCGAAGGAGCUCAGAAGUCUGAAAAACUCAAGAGCAAUCUGGCUGCAGCCAAAGCCCAGGAAUUAUUUGACAUCUUUUAUAACAGCAUCGGUGAUUCAGGCCCCUCCUCUUUCACUAAACCAAUAAAAGACACCCGAGCUGACAGUAGCGCGGCUAAAAGUCCACUUCCAACCCCACAAUCACCAAAAGCACAGCCAAAACCCCAAUCCCAUCCUCGACCUCAGCCCCUUAGUGACUCCCACCUUCCAGCUAAGGUCCAUGCAUCUCCACAACCAGGCUCUAAAAAUUGCCCACUAAAUCCACAACCCCAGGCAAAUUCAGACAUUCAGAUUGCAUCUGUUUGGUCCUUGCAGCCAACUGCCAAUUCAGCACCUGAAGUGGCUCCACCCAAAACCCCUUCACAAACAGCACAGCCAGAACUGGCUUCACCAGCUCGGCCUGAUGCUGAGAGUUUACCUCAGAACCGGUCCUUGACUCCAUCAUCACAAUUACAAACUGCUCCAUCGACCCAGUCAGCCAAGCAGGAACCAGCACCUCAAACUGAGUCUCAGUCUGAACCGGCUUCUCAAAUCCAAACACAGUCUGGACCUCAGCCGGACCAGGACACCCAGCCAGAGACCCAUUGUGGCACUGCUCCAGAACUCGAAUCCAAACCAAGCCCCAAAACCAGAGGCAAGAAAACCCCCCUUGCUCCCCGCCCUGCCCGACAAACCCGAUCCCAAACUAGGUACCAGACCCGGCAGCGGCAGCAGCAGCAGAGUCCGCCCGAGCCAGAACCUGAGCCGGUUUCAGGUGACUCGGAUUCUGCAGCUUCAGACCCAAAGGCGUUAGACUCAUCUGAUCCAGGCUCUGGAUCACACCUGGAGUCAGAAGCAGGAGCCCCGAGCGAGGAGGACCCCCAGAUGAUGGAGAUCACCCCAGAGACGCUGGGCCUCCCCUCGGACAUGACCUCCCUGGACUUUGAGUACGAUUUUAACUUUGAGUAGGAGCUGAGCGGCCGGCGCAACCAGAGUCUGUUUCUGUUUUUUUCUUAAAUUCACUCGUAUGUUCAAAGACACAUUUCAUGAGUCGUUAACUGUUCAAAGGACCAGUUUGUUUAGUUGAGACCAGUCCUCCUGUUCUCCAGAGUCUGUCUUUAGAUCUCUUUGAUCUUUUUGGACUGAAACACGUGAAGGACCAGGACGCUGUAGUAAAAUCAUCAGCAGUUCCCAGAAGCUACCGAACAUGGACGAGGCUUUUGUUUCAAUCUGAAACCGUGCAUUGAAUAAAAACAGCCGGCAACUGAUUAGUUAAAAAAAGGUUUUUAAGCAGGAAAGCCAGACGUCCCUGUAGAGAGUUCCUGCCUGUGUUGGACAAAAAACCGUCUUUGUGUGGAAUUUAAACUGUCCUCAACAUCUUUGUUGUUUCUUGAUGUUACGUGUAAAAUAAACACAUUGGCUGCGUUUUGUUUUAUCAGCGACAUAAUUAAUUUGUCAGAUCUUCUGGAGGGUUUCUGGGCAUCAUUUCCUGAAAGCUCUGCAGACUUUGAGCUCCAAUGUUCAGAAGCUGUUAAAAGGGAAAAGUUGCUCCGGAUGAACUCCAGCUUGUUUUGGAGAAAAGUUCCUGCAGUGGAGUGUUUCCUGUUUACGCUCUGGUUCCUCAAAAGGUUCUGAGUCUGCAGGAGAAGCUGAAUAAAGGUUGAAAAGUUCUCCUGGUUUGGUCACGUAGCAGCUCCGGGUGUCGACCGAUUAGUGGUUUGAUUAUCUUUUUCUGAAAUCCAGCGUUUUUCCAAUUAGAGUUCAUUUUAUUUUAUAUGGAGGGAUGAAUGUUGAAAAGUUCUUUAUUUAACAUGUCUUAUGUUGGCGUUAAAGUCUGCAGAAAUAAAGCUUUUCCUCUUUUUUUCACCUAA